GGGAGAUGAAGGAGAAGAAAAGAGAAAGAAAGCCUUAUGUUUUGAGAUUGGAUCCUACAAAACUGACAUUUUUCAGCAUGCAGGUCAGCACACAGCCAUGUAGUAGAAGAGUGGAGGGGUUGCUUCAGAGAAAGAGUGGGGAAAGCCAGGGAAGCCAUGCGUAGAAUUUUGGCCAGUAUUGGAAAAAGAGACAAAAGAAGAAUGAACAGGUCCGUCCCAUGGCAGAGGCUCUGAGCCUAAGGGGCUGUAUGGAAAAGGUGUUCCCGAGAAUAUCUCAUUGAGGGAAUAAUUAUUCCUCCCAUCUUCCUCUGGCUUUAGAUGAGUCAGCUUCCUAAGGGGUGGUCUCCUGAUCAGUUGAUUGAUAGGCCCAGUUGGAUUAACCCUUAAGGAGAGGAGACAAUGUUAUGUAACAUCCUAAUCUUUAGAACAGAUCCUAUCUCUCCAGGGACAGAGGUAUUCCAUUCUUUUAAUCAGGAGGCCUAAGGAUGGGGCAAAACUAAUGUUUACCUUUCUAGUGUUACCACGGAAACAGGAGAUGGGGUCCAAAUCUCAGAAUGUAUGUAUUUGUACAUUGUUUCUGAGAGAAAUUUUGUUUGUUUGCUUUUCACAUUCUGGAUCAUAGUUCUAAGAUAUUUCUAUAAAACAAACAAACAAAAAAACAAUACCACAGCUAAGUGUGGCUAAAAGACUCCUGGGAUUUAUCAUUUAGAUUCUCAUCUUGAUUCUAUAAUUAAUUACUUAAUGGUCUGGUACUUGGUUACCUUGUUAUUAAAAUGAGAUGAUUAGAUUGCAAUUGAAUGAUAGCAGGAGAGAUUAUCAGAGGUGACUUUCAGUCCUGGCAUUGGCCACAGGUAAAGCCGUCUAGUCCUCCCAGUGAUGUUCUGAAGUCAGAAUUGUCAUUUCUGUUUACACAAGUGGGGGCUGAGGGACAGAUUACAGGGUUUGGACAGGGUUGUACAGCCAGCGAUCCGACAGGCUCUUGGCCUGGCUUCUGGGAGAAACCCUUAACCGCUAUGCUUUCUAGUUCAGUGGUUCUGUGAUGUGCUAUUUAUAAGGCAAAGCCUGUAUUUUGAAAUUUUGAGGCAGUAAAAUUAGUUUUACUGAAAUUCAGUUUUGCCUUAUCCCUCCCGAGUUAUUUUUAAAUCCAGUAACUUAUAUUUAAAUGAAAGUGGUACUUUCUUGCUUGUUCCCAAAUGUGUUUGCGUGUGGGGUUAUUUGACUAUAGCAUUAGACAACAGGGAAGAAGUCAGUUACUGAUGUUCUGUGAUCUUCAGUGUCUGUCUGGCAGGAGACUCAGCAUCACUUAUGAGGAUAUAUUCUUUCUUUUUUGGUAUAACUUAUUUAUUUUUAUUUUGUUUGCAUUGGUGUUUUGUCUGCAUGUAUGUCUGUGUGAGGGUGUCAGAUCCUGGAGUUACAGACAGUUGUUAGCUGCCACAUGGGUGCUGGGAAUUGAACCUGGGUCCUCUGGAAGAUCAGUCAGUGCUCUUAACCACUGAGCCAUCUCUCCAGCCCUUAUGAGAAUGUUUUCUGUACCCACUUGUAGCUGGAGAAUUUUUCUCCAGCUCCCACCGCCAAGUCCCGCCAGACCCGGAGCCCACUUAUAAAAUAAACACACAGACUCUUACAUUAUUUAAACUGCUUGGCCAUUAGCUCAGGCCUUUCAUUGUCUAGCUCUCACUCUUAUAUUCAGCCCAUUUCUAUUAAUCUUUACUUUGCCACGUGGCUCGUGGCUUACCGGUACUUUACAUCUUCCUUGUCCUGGCGGUGGCUCCAGCCGGUCUCCCUUUCCUUCCUCUUUCCUCAAUCCUCCUCUCUCCUUGUCCCGCCUAUACUUCCUGCCUGGUCACUGGCCAAUCAGUGCUUUAUUUAUAUCGAGUGAUAUCCACAGCACCACUCUUCUUUCCUUUCUGCAACAGGCCUUUGACCCUCUCUGAAGCAUUGGAGAAUGGUCAAGCUUGGAUUUUUUGGAAGUACUAAGUAUUUAGCCAGAUCACUAUGUGGAGUAUUUAAUGGAUUAUCUAUUGUCAUUCACUCCACAGAUACUAUGACCACUGAUUGUGCUAGAAGCGUGCUAUGAAAUAGCAAAAACACAGAUCCUUAAGGAGAUAUCUGAGAAGUUUUACAGACUCUUGAUUCGUGGUUAUCAAACUAUAGCUACUAUCAUCUCAUCAUACAUAUGAGCAGCUAGUCUUAUUCAAGCCUUUUCCCAGUAUGACCCAGGCCCAAACUUCCAACUCUUCCUCACAGCCCAUCCAUCCACCAUCUUUCAUCUACACCCAUUGCUGUUGGUAGGACGGUCAGUUUACUUUUCUGUCUAGGAUACUUUUGAGUAAAAAAAAGUGUGUGUGGGGGGGACUGUUAAUAUUUAUUUUGGGACAGUAAAUAUAAGCCAGAAUUGUACCAGGUUGACUGCAAUGUAUUUUCAUUUCUAAUGAUCUGAAUGGAUGCCCUAAGCUGAACGUUGUUUGCCAUGAUGAAGUUGGUGUUAGUGUAUGACACACAUAUCAGAGGUAGUCCCUUGGGUUUGUGAGUUGGUAGGCUUAGAUAUGGUUUUCCUGGCAGGAGUUUAUUUCCCAGUCUACAGAAUCUACAGAUUUUCUCAGGGAUAUCAGUAUGAACAAUAUCACCCAGUUACCAGAAGAUGCGUUUAAGAACUUCCCUUUUCUAGAGGAGCUACAACUGGCUGGCAACGACCUUUCUUUUAUCCACCCCAAAGCCUUGUCUGGGUUGAAAGAGCUCAAAGUCCUAACACUCCAGAAUAAUCAGUUGAGAACAGUACCCAGUGAAGCCAUUCAUGGACUGAGUGCUUUGCAGUCUUUACGCUUAGAUGCCAACCACAUUACCUCAGUCCCCGAGGACAGUUUUGAAGGGCUUGUUCAGUUACGGCAUCUGUGGCUGGAUGACAACAGCUUGACGGAAGUGCCUGUGCGUCCCCUCAGCAACCUGCCAACCCUCCAGGCACUGACCUUGGCUCUCAACAACAUCUCCAGCAUCCCUGACUUUGCGUUCACCAACCUUUCAAGCCUGGUGGUUCUGCAUCUUCAUAACAAUAAAAUUAAAAGCCUCAGUCAACACUGCUUUGAUGGACUAGAUAACCUGGAAACUUUGGACUUGAAUUAUAAUAACUUGGAUGAAUUUCCUCAGGCUAUUAAAGCCCUUCCCAGCCUAAAAGAGCUGGGAUUUCACAGCAACUCUAUUUCUGUUAUCCCUGAUGGAGCAUUUGGUGGUAAUCCACUGUUAAGAACUAUCCAUUUGUAUGAUAAUCCUCUGUCUUUUGUGGGGAACUCAGCAUUUCACAACCUGUCUGAUCUGCAUUCCUUAGUUAUUCGUGGUGCAAGCCUGGUGCAGUGGUUCCCCAACCUGACCGGAACUGCCCAUCUGGAGAGUCUAACCUUAACAGGGACAAAGAUAAGCAGCAUACCUGAUAAUCUGUGCCAAAACCAGAAGAUGCUGAGGACUCUGGACUUGUCUUACAACAACAUAAGAGACCUUCCAAGUUUCAAUGGUUGUCACGCUUUGGAAGAAAUUUCAUUGCAGCGUAAUCAAAUCUACCUAAUAAAGGAAAACACUUUUCAAGGCCUAUCAUCCCUAAGAAUUCUAGAUCUGAGUAGGAACCUAAUCAGUGAAAUUCACAGUGGAGCUUUUGCGAAGCUUGGGACAAUCACCAACCUGGAUGUAAGUUUCAAUGAAUUAACUUCACUUCCUACGGAAGGCCUGAAUGGGCUCAAUCAACUAAAACUUGUAGGCAACUUCAAGCUGAAAGAUGCCUUGGCAGCAAGAGACUUUGCUAACCUCAGGUCUCUAUCAGUACCAUAUGCUUAUCAGUGUUGUGCAUUUUGGGGGUGUGACUCUUAUGCAAAUUUAAACACCGAAGAUAGCAGCCUCCAAGACCACAGUGUAACAAAGGAGAAAGGUGCCGCUGAUGCAGCAAAUGUCACUAGCACUGCUGAAAAUGAAGAACACAGCCAAAUAAUUAUCCACUGUACACCUUCAACAGGUGCUUUCAAGCCCUGUGAAUAUCUGCUGGGGAGCUGGAUGAUCCGCCUUACAGUGUGGUUUAUUUUCCUGGUCGCCUUGCUUUUCAACCUGCUGGUCCUUGUCACAGUGUUUGCAUCUUGCUCGUCACUGCCUGCCUCCACACUCUUCAUAGGCCUGAUUUCUGUGUCUAACUUACUUAUGGGCAUCUAUACUGGCAUCCUUACUUUUCUUGAUGCCGUGUCUUGGGGCCGAUUUGCCGAAUUUGGCAUUUGGUGGGAGACCGGCAGUGGCUGCAAGGUAGCUGGGUCUCUGGCGGUCUUCUCCUCAGAGAGCGCCGUCUUCCUGUUAAUGCUGGCAGCUGUGGAGAGAAGCUUAUCUGCAAAGGAAAUCAUGAAAAACGGGAAGAGCAGUCACCUUAAACAGUUUCGGGUCGCUGCCUUCUUAGCUUUCCUGGGUGCUGCCAUAGCAGGCUGCUUCCCCCUUUUCCACGGAGGGGAAUAUUCUGCAUCCCCCUUGUGCUUGCCGUUUCCUACAGGAGAAACCCCAUCGUUAGGAUUUACUGUGACCUUAGUGCUGUUAAACUCACUAGCGUUUUUAUUAAUGGCCAUUAUCUACACUAAACUGUAUUGCAACUUGGAGAAAGAAGAUCUGUCAGAAAACUCACAGUCUAGCAUGAUUAAGCACGUUGCUUGGUUGAUCUUCACCAACUGCAUCUUUUUCUGCCCCGUUGCGUUUUUCUCCUUUGCACCAUUGAUCACGGCAAUCUCUAUCAGCCCCGAAAUAAUGAAGUCUGUUACACUGAUAUUCUUCCCAUUGCCUGCUUGCCUGAAUCCAGUCCUGUAUGUUUUCUUCAACCCAAAGUUUAAAGAAGACUGGAAGCUACUGAAACGGCGCAUUACCAGGAAACAUGGAUCUGUUUCGGUUUCCAUCAGCAGCCAAGGUGGUUGUGGGGAACAGGAUUUCUACUAUGACUGUGGCAUGUAUUCCCACUUGCAGGGUAACCUGACCGUGUGCGACUGUUGUGAGUCAUUUCUUUUGACAAAACCAGUAUCCUGCAAACACUUAAUAAAAUCACACAGUUGUCCUGUGUUGACAGUGGCCUCUUGCCAAAGACCAGAGGGCUAUUGGUCUGACUGUGGCACACAGUCAGCCCACUCUGACUAUGCAGAUGAAGAAGAUUCCUUUGUCUCAGACAGUUCUGACCAGGUGCAGGCCUGUGGACGAGCCUGCUUCUACCAGAGUCGUGGAUUCCCUCUGGUACGCUAUGCUUAUAAUCUACCAAGAGUCAGAGACUGAACUACUGUGUCUGUAAACCAUUUCCCCCAUCAACCAAAUCACAGUGCUCAUAGAGUGAGCUGUCUGUCUUUUGACCUCUCAUCUGGGAAGCACUUCUGUAAUCACUGCCUGGUGUCACUCAGAAGAGGAGGAAGGUGGCAGUUUAUUUCUCAAACUGGACAUUUGUGAAGAAUGGGUGCCUAAAUUAUAUAUUGGUGAAAAAAAUGCAAUGUCCCAGCGAUGUGUGGUCUGAUUGAAAUAAAUACAACUUAAAAAUGAUUUGAUGUAUGGCAUAGCAAUAUAAAAUUAGUUUUGUUUUUUUCUGAUUCAUCAGGUGCAAAGUUCAAACUGUUUCUGAAUUAAGCACAAGAUAAAGGACAGCUGUUAAUAUUUUUUAAUUGAAAAUGUGAACUUAUAAAACUGAAAAAAAGUCUUGCUAAUUUUACCUAAUGUUUCAUCAUUAAUCUCAGGACGACUUACUUCAGGGCCAAAAAAGGGAUUGUCUCCCAGCUAGAGCUAUGAGAGUUCAAACAGGCAUUACCUUCAUGUUUUUUUCUGUGUCCAUAAAUCAAAGGUUUUGUUCAAAUGAUUUUUAAAUCUAAAACCUGAAGAUGUUUUAAAGACAAUAUUAACAGCUGUUAUAUUUUUUAAAAAAUAGCAAAACAUUUGUUUUUGUUCAUUAUACAUUGCUUUGAUGAAAUCAUGGUGAUUUUUUCCCCCCUCAGUGUUUUACAGUCAGGUACUAGGGCAAAGCAAAAAGCACAUUGCUAUGUGGGCUUAGUAGAGAUGACUAACUACUAAGUAAUAUUGAGAUUUUAAUAGUAACCAAGCGGUUUGAUGGCUUUAUGUGAUGUUCUCAUUAACAGACACUUCCUAAUGUCAUUGGCUGCACUGACAUUUCCAAUUUUGUUGAUGUGUUAUCUUUAGUUUGGAUUAUACAGGAAGUAAAUUUGGGUAAUUUUAUUUAAUUGGAAGAAAUUGGUAGUAGUCAUGACACAAAGCACUUAACGUUUAUUUUUUAGUGAGCUAGAGUCUCCUGUGAUGGUAUAUGAAAACUUCCAUACGUUUUUCCCAUCCAGCAAUUUUUUUAAAAGCCCAUCCCAUAGCUCAGUUGCUAUGCUUUGGUUAAACAAGACACAUAGUAAGAGUUGGGGGAUCAAAGCUUGUCCUGUGUCUUUAAAGUUUUUUAAUUGACUUGAUUCUUACCUAUAAGCUUCUGAUAUGUUCCAAUAAGGAGGCUUAACACUGUGUUAAGUCAGUAGCAAACCCAUUGCCUGGUUAAACAAAAACUUAAGCUAGAUUGCAGUUUGAUGAUUAGACUGUAUAUACUGUGCAUAUGAUGAAUUUUUAUCUUAUGUAAAUUAUUUUUAGAACAUGAGUUGGGAAAUGUGGCUUCUGUUCAUUUCGUUUAAUUAAAGCUACCUCCUAAACUAUAGUGACUGCCAGUAGCAGAAUGUUAAAUUGUGGUUUAUAUACAUGUUUUUGUGUGUGGUUUUUUGUUUUUUUGUUUUGUUUUGGGUUUUUUUUUUGCAUUGUAAAUAGUCUUGGUUGUAAAUUGUCAGUGGAAUAAAAACAGAAUCUUUGUAUAUUGAAAUCAUGUAGUUUGUAUAAAAUGUGGGAGGGAUUUAUUUACUGUGUGUUGUAAUUUUGUAAGGUCAUCUAUUUACAGCUUAAAUAAAAUGUAUAUUUACACAUCUGAUAAAUAUUAAAUCAUAACUUGGUAAGAAAAUCCCAAUUAAAGGCUUUCUUCCUAAAAUUCAA